AUGACAUCCCCAUUUUUGGUAGACAAUAUUUUGCAUCAGCAAAAAACAGCCAACUUCCAUAAUCAAUUCCUGAACCAACAUUUGGAAAGUUAUAGGCAGAGUUAUUCGCGUGAAAACUCCCCAGAGAUAGACGAACCCAAAAUGAUGGAGCCCGACGAAGAGAAUCGAGUAGACGAAAUAGAGAAGGUGGAAGACGAAGAUUCGAAAAGUAGAGACGAAGAUUUUCAUGUGAAAAAUGAUGGUAUGUUCUACAACCAUGACAUGUACAACCGAAAUGACGACAGAGGUUCUGAAAAAGAGGUUUUAAACAUUCCCAAUCUAUCUCGUCGUUGUCACUGCGGUUCUUUUGAAUGUCCUCCGUAUGCGUGUAAGAAGUCAGGGAUCCGUCGGUUAGAGGAGUUGGAGAAACGGUUCAACUUGCACAGCUAUCAGGAAAAUUCUGGUGAUGAAGGAGAAAAGGAGAAGAACACGGAAGAUAUGGUUAGGAACUGUGAGGACUAUGCAGAACAAAAAAAACCAUUGCUCAAAUUUAGUGUUAGUGCAAUAUUAGGGCACCAAGAGCGUGACACCGUGAAGAACAAUGUUGAUCCUGAGAUCCUGGGUUUGAUCCCCGGUUCAGGCCAGUUAGUCAUAGGGUAUUCUGCC